UCUGUUAUUCUUUUUUGUUCUGUGACCUUUUUUUUGUUGUGCUUUGGUUGGUGACCAGCAGAGAUACACAGUAAACAAAACACAGAAGAGAGGAGAUGCUCGUGUACACUCAAAGCAAUGGGCUGUUAUCCAUGAGGCCUGAGCAGCGCCACAAUCGCUGCUAGCUGCUGCCACUCGUACACGUACACGUACUCGGCCUGCCACUUGUUGCAUGCAGCACUCAUGAUGCAACAGGAGGAGCAGCAGCCACAGCAGCCACAACGAACUCGAUUCAAGUCUGCAGCUUGCCACUCAUACGCCAUGUGGGCGAGGGGCGUCAACCGGAGGAUGUUGCAACAGCAGAUAGCCAGAACAACAGACGCAACAGCCACAUUAGCCCACGGCCAAGGCUAGGCCAAGGCACAACCCAAAACAGCAGCAACAAAACAGCAACAACAAGAGAAAACUUCAAAAAGCUGAACAACUUUUGUUGAACUUAACGAAAAAGCAACGCAAAAAUGUCUGAGUCGCGCCGUCAGUCGGUGAACCUACGGGCCAUGCCCCCGGGCGUGCUAGUCAACGAUAGCCGUGCCAACUCCACCGAUGACAUACAAAUCGCACUGGCACCACACAUCCAAACCUACCUGAGCCAGACCGGUCGCCGGCACUCGUGCUGCAGCGUCAUGCUGCCGGUGGCCUUCGAGCGCGCCGCCGCCAAGUCCUGGCUGGACCCGAAGUUCGACUCGCCCGUGCUCGAGGAGCAGUACCAGGCCAGCGUCUUUCCACAUGUGCGCAUGAGAUACAGGUUCACGCUGUCGUACAUUCUGCUCUGCUCGCUGGCUUGGUGCCUGUACUUUGUGGUGGAUGGCGGCUCGGAGGACUUCUGGCGACCCAUUUCCAGCUCGUUCUCCAUGCUCUCGCUGGUCACGAUCAUGGCGCUGUGCUUCACCCACUGGGACCUCUACAGGCAGCAUCGCACCUUGACCUCGGCGGUGACGGCGCUGCUGCUGUGCGGCGCCUCCCUGGCCUUCCUCACGUACACGGGCCGGGCCUUCAGUCCGCUGGGCCACUUCGCCAUCUGCCUGGAGAUAGUGCUGCUGAUCUACACGGCGCUGCCCAUGCCGCUGUGGGUGGGCGCGGCGAUCGCCAUCUCCUACUCGAUCGCCUUCGAGCUGGUGUCCCACAUGGUCAUCGGCUGCAGCGCCAUCCACGGCGGCGGAUCGGCGGUGGCUCCCAGCAGCGAGCCCAGCCACAAGAUACUCAUCCUGCGGAUCAUGGCCCACCUGAGUGUCCACCUGGUGGGCGUCCACGUGCUCGUCAUGAAUCUCGUGCGCAUGCGCGGCACCUUCAUGAAGGUCGGCCAGAACCUGCUGGUGCGCCGCCAGCUGGAGAUGGAGAAGCAGCUCAAGGAGAAGAUGAUACACUCGGUGAUGCCGCCCAAGGUGGCGGACAUGCUGCUCAACGAGGGCGGCAGCGCCGGCCUGGACUCGGGCCUGCCGCCCGAGUCCCACUACAUGCGGCCGCGCGCCUCCAACGACGUGAAGUCCCUGUUCCGGCCCUUCCACAUGCACAGCAUGGAGAACGUGAGCAUCCUCUUCGCGGACAUUGUCGGCUUCACGCGCAUGUCCUCCACCAAGACGGCCGAGCAGCUCGUCGAGAUCCUCAACGAUCUGUUCGAGCGCUUCGACGACCUGUGCAGCCUCAGCGGCUGCGAGAAGAUCUCCACCCUGGGCGACUGCUACUACUGCGUCUCCGGCUGCCCCGAGCCGCGGGCCGACCACGCCAUCUGCUGCGUCGAGAUGGGCCUCGGCAUGAUCGACGCCAUGCGCUGCUUCGACGCCCAGCGCCACGAGGGCGUCAAGAUGCGCGUCGGCGUCCACACGGGCACCGUGCUCUGCGGCAUUGUGGGCACGCGACGCGUCAAGUUCGACGUGUGGAGCAACGACGUCAGUCUGGCCAACAAAAUGGAGUCCUCGGGCAAGCCGGAGCAGGUGCACAUCUCGCAGGAGACUUCGAGCUUCCUGGGCGACAACUACUACCUGGAGGAGGGCGAGGAGGUCUUCGGCCACCGCACGUACUUCGUGGUGGGACGGCGGAGCGACUUUUCGCGCACGAACAGCCUGAGUCCCAGCAUGCCGGCGCAUGCCAUUGGUGGCAGCUCCCUGCUGCUGCCGGGCGGCCAGGGCGGCCAGGGCGGAUCCCUGUCGCAGAGCGCGACCAACAUCUCGGCAGUGCAGCCGCAGGUGCCGCCCGCGUCGCCGGUGGGGCAGCUCUCCAACUCGCUGAACCCCUCGCCCGUGCUCUCCAUGCGCCCGCGGCUGACCUCGCUGAGCAUGAAGCUGCGCAAGAAGUCGCAGAGCAGCAGCCAGAGCCAGAGCCACAGCCACAGCCAGAGCCGAGAGCGGGACAUUGAGCGGGGCAUUGGCAGCCUGCAUCCGGCGGCCAGCGGCCUGCCGCCCGUCGUGGUGGUGCGGCAACGGCCGAAGAUCAUCAUCACCACCAAGUCCCUGCCCGGCAGCCUCGACUCCGAUGAGCAGCCAGCGUCGCCGUCGACUCCGCCACCGCCGCCGCCGCCUCCGCCGCCGCCUCCACCGCCGCCCAAGAGCCGUCUGCUGGCGGCGUGGAAGGUGCCGCGCUUCCUCAAGCGCUUCGAGGAGCUGGCCACUCGCGCCAGCCAAAGUCAGUCGGAGAAGGAGAAGGAGGAGGCCCAUCUCCACUCCCAUCUGCAGCCCGAGGAGACGUUGGCCUUCAUGGAGGCCACGCCACAGAAUGGCAAUGGCAACGGGAAUGGCAACGGGCCCAGCUGUGUGUACCAGCAGCUGCCGAUGCUCGUGGAGUCCUGCGGCGGCAGUCGGCUGGGCCACCAGUCACUGGACAUACCGAGCGCGACGCGGCCCAUGCUGCACCACGCGGCCACCUCCACGGCGCUGGCCAGCAGCGUGCUGCGCUCCCCCGAAGGCUACUCGGCGGCGGCAGGCACCAGCGGGGGGGCGGGCGGCUGCUGCUCGCCCGGCCAGUACUCCAUGUACGACGACAUCAUCGACGUGCGCUCCUACAUCAGUCAGUCGCGCAGCGACAUCUCCCCCUUCGGCCGCUCCGGCAGCUAUCGGAGUCAGUGCGGCAGGCAGUCCGGCGGCGGAGGCGGAGGCGGCGGUGGAGCUGUGCUGCCCGUGGAGCAGUCGCCGCUGCCCAGGCCCCGCGCGAACACACUGUCCACGGGCAGGCCACCGGUCGAGCCGGGCAGCUCCAGUGUCCAGCCCAGUCCCUGCUGCCUGCCCGCCCCGCCAGCCGCAGGCGCAGGCGCAGGCGGUGGCCACUCGCGCAACUCCAGCAUCUGCCCCUCGGCCACGUCGCGCAAGGACUCGGGCAUCAAGAGCAACUCGCGCAGGUCCUCCAUCCAGCAGCAGAUCUACGCGCUCAACCAGUCGGCCAUCAGCCAGCACCGCGUCUCCGGCUACUUCACCAGCUCCACCUCGAGCAUCUCGAAUCUGAACGACAUGCAGGGCCUGCCCCUGCCCAUGCCCCUGCCGCUGGGCCUGGGCCUGCCGCUGCCCAUGGUGGUGCCGCAGCCGCAGCCACAGCUGCCAGUCCCCCUGCCGCUGCCCCUGCCGCUGCUCAUGCAGCCGUGCUCCGCGCAGAUGAUGGGCGACCCGCUGGCCGCCUGCCUGCAGCAGCUGCGCAAGCAGUCGGACCUGCAGCUCAUCCGCUGCGUGCGGGACAACGCCAGGUCGCAGCGGAGCUACCUCGUGAAGCCGCCGCUGCGGGGCUUCAGCCUGUACUUCAAGUCCCGCCAGCUGGAGCGGGACUUUCGCUCCAAGGCGCACCGCUUCGGGGCGGAGAACGAGACGGAGGGGCCGCCCACGCUGGCCACGCCCAGGUACAACACGUACAUCGACAUCUUCGUGGGCAUCGCCGUGUACCUGUGCAUCUCGGUGUCGCUCUUCCUGAUGACCCAGAACACGGUGACGCCGAGCUUCCGCCUGUGGGUGACGCUCUUCUCCUGCUUCACGGCCAUCCAGGUGUUCGCCCUCUUCCUGUUCACGCGCCAAAUGUGCCGGCGUCACGGCACGGGACGUGCCAGCAGCAGCAGCAGGUCGCGCCUGCGCACCAAGUGCGAGGCGGCCCAAGGACACAAGCAGGAGCAGGAUGCAGAUGCAGAGGGAGAGGGAGAGCGAGAUGCAGAUGGCGAUGCAGAUCUAGACAUUGAAGCUGGCCUGAGGCGGGCGGCGCCGCAGUUCCGUUCGUGUGCGGAUCGCAUAUUCGAGGCCAUCUCCAGCUGGUAUCCGUGGCACAUCUGCCUCGCGGUGCUCAUGGCCAUGCCCGUGCUGCUCAUCAUCGCCAACUUCCUGCUGCUGGACCUCGAGCAGCUGGAGGCCUUCGAGUACCACUACGGCUUCCUCAUCUUCGUGUGCAUCGUGCACUUCUGCAACUUCACGCAGCUCAACUGCUGGGUGCGCAACAUCCUGGCCUUCAUGGCCGCGCUCUGCUUCGUCGGCAUCGCCGUGUCCCAGCUGAUGGUCUACUCGAGCCGCAGCGACCAGGCGGAGUCCGAGGAGGAGCAGGAGCAGAGCAGCUCCUCGUACAUCUUCGAGGAGAUCAAGUGGUUCCACGACUACCACGUGGAGAUCUAUCUGGACCUGCUGCUCAUUCUGGUGCUGGUCUGGUUCCUCAAUCGCGAGUUCGAGAUCGGCUACCGGCUGACGUUCUACGGCAAUGCGGUGGCCAACCAGGACAAGGUCCGUGUGCAGAACAUGAAGAACCAGGCGGACAUGCUGCUGCACAACAUCAUCCCCAAGCACGUGGCGGAGCACCUGAAGAACACGGCCAAGUACUCGGAGAACCAUCGCAACAUUGCCAUCAUCUUUGCCUCCAUCGUCAACUUCAACGAGAUGUACGACGAGAGCUACCUCGGCGGCAAGGAGUUCCUGCGCGUCCUCAACGAGCUCAUCGGGGACUUCGACGAGCUGCUGUCCCGCCCGGAGUUCCGUUCCGUGGAGAAAAUCAAGACGAUUGGCUCCACGUUCAUGGCGGCCAGCGGGCUGGAUCCCUCCCAUCGCGGCGCCGGCGACGAGCACAUCCACACCCUCAUGGAGUUCUCCAUUGCCAUGCAGGAGGUGGUGGACGCCUUCAACAAGGACCUGCUCGAGUUCAAUCUCAUUCUGCGCAUCGGCAUGAACAUUGGCGACGUGACGGCGGGCGUCAUCGGCACCAGCAAGCUCUACUACGACAUCUGGGGCGAUGCCGUCAAUGUGGCCUCGCGCAUGGACUCCACGGGUCUGCCCAAUCGCAUCCAAGUGGGCAAGGACUGCCUGCCCUUUCUCACCGCUCGCUACGACUUUGAGCCGCGCGGCAGUGUCUAUGUCAAGGGCAAGGAUCACAUGGAGGUCUUUCUCUACACAGAUCGACGGUCGGAUGCUCUCUCAGCGAAGCAGGAGCCAGAACCAGUGGAGGAGCAGCAGCAGCAGCAGGUUGAAGCUCUUGCAGAUGAUGACGAUGAGGAAGAGUUUCACUCGAGCGAGACCACAACGCUCUUCAAGUCGCAGGAGGAGUCUGUGCAGGCGAAUGGCGGCACAAUUGCGACGCAGCCAGCCACACAGUCCGUGGAGCCAUAGGACACAGGACACAGGACACAGCCUCAUCGCGGACCACUCUUGGCAGUGGGCGGCACUUGAGAAAUGGUUUCAGAAUUGCAUUUAAUGAAUCUGCAAGGGCCAGCGAGGCAGGAGCUUGGUCCAAGCGGUUUGCUGAUGUUCCUUGAUGCUGCUGCUGCUGCAGGAGGAGGUGGAGGAGUGUGUGCAGGGGGGGGAACUUACGUGGGUUGGGGGAGCGACGGAGGGACAAACCAUUGGAGUUUUUGUGAUAUGUAAGCUAGAAAGAAUAUGAAUUAUGAAUAGAUAGAAACGAUGGAAUCGGAUAAGGGUUAAGUGCUCCAUUGAUUGAUUGAUUGAUUGAUUGGUGGCUCGAUUGAUUGAUUAUGUUUUAAGCGCUGUCGUCUGUCGUCUGUCGUCUGCCAUCUGGCAGCUGCAAGGACUUCCCCCCCCUCUUAGAAUGUUCGACUUAAAUGUAUUAGCAAGUUGCUUAGCUGUAGCCCCCGUAUAUGUAUAUGUAGUGUAAAUGUGUAAAUAAGUGUGUGCUCCUUGCCCCACACCCUGCCGCCUGUAAGCUAUUUCUUGUGUGUUUUUUUUUUUUUUUUGUCGCCUAGCAUAAUUGCCGCUUGCUGGAGCUGGAGGGCAAGGAGCCGCAGCUCUACUCUAAGCGAAACUAAUCUGAAAUCGGUGGCUUUAAAUGUUGUCCAGCAAGAGCAGCGAUUACGCGUGCCAGCAAACCAUCUGUGGACCGUGUGUGCAUGUUGGAAUUAUCCUCUAAAAAUGUAACCUCUAUUUUUUUUUUGUGUGUGUGAAGCAAACGAAUGGACACUAUCUAGCUGUGUGUAAUUGUUGUUGUUCAUGUUGAUCGUAAGUAGAUAUUUGUAUGUGCAUGUGUGUGUGUGUGUUUAGGCAUGGUUCAUCCACGCGCAGCUGCAGCACAAAAGUAUGCUACGGCACGCGGAAUUGCACUGCUUGGCAAUCGACUGCUUGCACACACGCUCGCACACCCACCAAACGCUUUCACCUCUCUCUCUCUCUCUCUCUCUCUCCCUCUCUGUCUCUGUCUCUGUCUCUCCCAAUCGUUUUUAUACGUCUUUUGUAUCAUCUUUUGCCACACCCACUUAAGGCCACUCAAUUUCCCGCUACGAAAACCAAAACAAAAUGGAAAGCAGUGAAAACAAAUAUACAACAAACAAUUUUUGGAGUAUAUUUCAUAUGAAACCUAUGGACCCUAUUGUAUUUUUAUAUAUAAAAACCAAAACACAAGUAUUUUCUACUAAUUUAUUGAACAAAACAAAAA